AGCAAAUAUUCUAGUAAUGGGAGAAGGUCCUGAAAGAGGAAGAGUUAAAAUAGCUGAUAUGGGUUUUGCAAGGCUAUUCAAUUCUCCUCUGAAGCCCCUGGCAGACCUUGACCCAGUUGUGGUGACAUUUUGGUAUAGAGCUCCAGAAUUGUUACUUGGGGCACGGCACUACACUAAGGCAAUUGAUAUAUGGGCUAUUGGCUGUAUAUUUGCUGAGUUAUUGACUUCAGAACCUAUAUUUCACUGUCGUCAGGAAGACAUCAAAACAAGCAAUCCUUUUCAUCAUGAUCAGCUUGAUCGCAUAUUUAGUGUCAUGGGAUUUCCUGCAGAUAAAGACUGGGAAGACAUUAGGAAAAUGCCAGAGUAUCCUACACUUCAAAAAGAUUUUAGAAGAACAACAUAUGCCAAUAGUAGCCUCCUCAAAUACAUGGAAAAACACAAAGUCAAGCCUGAUAGCAAAGUAUUCCUUUUGCUUCAAAAACUUCUGACUAUGGAUCCGACUAAAAGAAUUACCUCAGAGCAAGCUUUGCAGGAUCCUUACUUCCAGGAAGACCCAUUGCCUACAUCAGAUGUUUUUGCUGGUUGCCAGAUUCCAUAUCCCAAACGAGAAUUUCUUAAUGAAGAUGAGCCAGAGGAAAAAGGUGAUAAGAAUCAACAGCAGCAGAACCAACAUCAGCAACAAACAGGACCUCAGCAGCAACAGCAACAGCAAGCAGCACCUCAGCAGCCGCAGCAACCACAGCCGCAAGCAGCACCUCAACAGCAAAACAGCACCCAAACCAAUGGAACUGCGGGGGGUGGCGGGACAGGAGGUGGCGGGACUGGGGCAGGUCUCCAGCACAGCCAGGACUCCGGCCUCAACCAGGUGCCUCCAAACAAGAAACCACGCCUUGGGCCUUCAGGCACGAAUUCAGGCGGGCCUGUCAUGCCUUCAGACUAUCAACACUCCAGUUCACGCCUGAGUUACCAAAGCAACAUUCAGGGAUCUUCUCAGUCCCAGAAUACAAUGGGCUAUUCAACAUCAUCUCAGCAGAGUUCUCAGUACCAUCCGUCCCACCAAUCUCACCGGUACUAAAGAGACUUCAUAAAGGGUGUUAGAAAGGAAUGAACUAACAAUGAGUGGACUCCAGCAAUAUGAAGUUCAUAACCAUGAGAAGAACCAAAAAAAAAUGCAAAUUGUGAUGCAGAUUUUAGAAUUACAAACUUUUUAUUUACUAAUUAUUUUAAAACAAGAGACAGUUUUUAUCCUUUUUUGCCAUAAAGGAGAUUCUUGUGAAGUUUCCCUUCAGCUUGCUUUCGCAUGUGUUCCAUUGUGGUUACUCGAUCUGAUCUGAACCAAGCACUUAAACUUCUUUAACCUAUGGAAUUGUUGAAGGAUUCCUGGUGCACCUUUCUCGUGUUGUAGUAAUUGCCAUAAAUCUAACCUUUUCCAAAUCCUUUUACCAGGAUUUUAAAUUUUUGGAAUCUUGAACUCCUGGGCUUUUCAAGCGUGUAUAUAGUUAAUUUUUUUACUAGGCAGACCAGUUUAGCUAUACAGGUAUAAUGCACCUUUUAAAAGCACUAUGUUAUUUUCACAGGAUAUUACUCUUUUGCUCAUGGAUGUCAAGAACAGCAGAUUUUACUAUUCCAGAGUAUUUUAUUAUCUUUUUAGUAGUCUAGUUUUCAGAUGAGAUAUUUAAAAAAAAGAAGAAAAGAAAAAUAUUCAACCCAAGUCUCUGCAGCAGCUAUUACAUGUUAUGUGUUUGGAUUGAACACCAAACAGAAGAUUAUGAAUGUUUCUUUUAUCAUUCAGAUGAGCAUCCCAUAGAUGAUUGGUCAUUUUCUUCCAAGUGAAUUGACUGAAGCUUUGCUUUAUAUUAAGGUAUGGAAGCAAAGCAGAAGACAUCAACUUUUGUGGUUCCAGUAGAACAAAUUUGUCUAUAGUGUCUUCUUUAGUGGUUAUCUGUUACCUGCAGUGGUGUCUUUGCUCUGUGUUGAAUCUCUACAAUAGGGGUUCAGCAUCAAUGGGAUAAAGGGCAAAGGAGGCUUUGCCACUCCUUUG